AUGCCAGAUGGAGCCCUCACCGAACUACAUCAGCAGCACGGAAAGCCCGAGCAAGAACUGCAACGAACGCUUGACACCCAGCGCAAGUUAGAGUUCAUCACGAUGGUGAGGCGAAACAUGGAGAAUAGAAAGAUGAAGGAGAGCGGUAACAGUAAUGGAGGGUACCUGCCGUUUCCCACGGAAGAAAACCCGCUCAAGAUGGGGUUUGGCGCUGACGAGAUCAAGCUUAUAAGAAAAGAAAUGGAAGAACUAAUCAAAAAGAUUGGGCUCAGAGAAAUGCUAAAUGAUCGCACAGAAGGAGACGAGGAAAAGAUGUUGCGCGGGGACGAGAUCAUGAAGCUUCAGCGGAAGAUAGCCGAGGCCGAAGCUGAGCAGAACAGCGCCCAGGAAGGCUUCUCCUUGUAUGGGACCAAAGACGAAGAAGGGCUUCAUGCCGGUAAUGGCGACUGCGGGUAUGAAGAUGAUGAGUAUGACGAUGCAGAGCAGGACGAUUACGACAUUGGCGAAUUGCAAGGCGACGCAGAGUUUCUGUAUGAGUACGGACCCACGCAUCACAUUGAGGUGGAGCUCAGCGACGGCCCGGUGGGCGAAGGUGGAAAUAGAGACGACGAGGCGUCGUGCGAGUUUACGUUUGAGUAUGACCAGAACGGGAAGCUCGUGCCCACGUACUGCAACGUGGAAGAACAGCUUCGAUUCAUGAACUUACGAGAUAAAACCCCCAACAGCACGAUGGUGGCGCCGCCGACGGGGGAGAAGACGAAGAAGAACAAGAAAAAGAACAAGAAAAAGAAGAAGCUGCAGCAGGACGGUCAAAAAGGCCAGCCGGUGGGGAACCAGCGUGGUGGUUUUGACGCUGAUCUCGGGUGUCUCUUCUGUCAGUACGAGGCAGCGUUUGGCGUCAAGCCCGUGCACAUGAUGCGGUGGUACGACCAGAAGGUGAUGAACGAGGAGAGACACAGACAGAAAGUUCGAGAGAAGCUUGAGCGGGCUAAGCUGAAGGCACUCAAGCGGCAGCAGUCGGGGUACCAUGCGGAGGAUGGUGGUGGCGACGAUGGCGAAGAGCUGGAUGCCAGCAGAACCACCGUGGUAGACCAGGGGUAA